AUGGCAUACCAGGCUGAAAUGAUCAGCUCCCAGCCCCGAGUGACGGUCACCAAUUACACCCUGUCCUCUAGCACCACCGACUGGAGCUCUGGAGUAUGUGACUGUUGUGAGGACUGUGGAAUCUGUCUGUGCGGGACCUUCUUGCCCUGUAUUUUGGGCUGCAAGGUGGCACAGGAUCAUGGGGAGAGCUGCUGCCUGGCCUGCCUCCCUGGAGCCUUCAUUGCCCUGAGGACCAGCAUACGCAGCAAGUAUCACAUCUCUGGCUCUAUCUGUGAUGACUGGGUGAUCAUGUCCUGUUUGCCUCUCUGUGGACUCUGUCAGAUGGCCAGAGAGCAAAAGAUGAAGGGCUGACCAUGUGAUCUGGCAAAGAAAUCUGAAAGAAGAACCCCUUCUCACAUCAAUAUGAUCAUGGGGAACUUCACAUUGAAUGACCUUAAACGUCACUGAAAACAAUCAGACGCAAAA